UCCAGCCACCUGCGCGUCUUCCUCGCCAACGCGGCGUCAAUCCUGCCCACCCUUUCUCCUCGCCAUGGCUCGGGCCACCCGCUCGACCACCACCCACGAAAACGACAAACCCGACACAAGCCCCCCCGCCUCUCGUAAAGGCGCGUCCAAGAAGCGCAAACGCACCUCCAAUCCAGACAACGACGACUCUCUUCCCACCAAGCACGCUCGCACCGACUCCACAGAGGACACCUCUCCAGACGUACUCAACCGCGGCCAGGAGAGGAAACAGGGCGAGCUGCCCAGCAGCGGAGAUGUCCCCAUCCAGAGCUCGGAUGCAGCCAACAUCCUCGACGUGCUCGAAUCAGUCGACACACAGGGCCUCCUCGACCGUGUUUUCCCAUUAUCCACCGACCCCGGCGAGCCAACUUCAGGCCCGUCCUCUUCCUCCUCGACUACAACCAUGCUCUCCCUGCGUUCGCUCCUCAAGAACUCCGCCUUAUAUCCGCUGAAAACACUCCGGGCCGCUGUCAAGCAACUCCAUCCUAUUUCCUCCCAUCCCCGUUUCCGGCCCUCCGAGACCGCAGCUCAACAACUCCGCUUUUGCAAUCUCGCUACAUCUCUACUCGACCAGGCGUCACAGAACAAUGCCCCCGUCCCUCUCGACGUGGAAACGAUCAUCACCGACGUCGAAGUCCAAAGCGAAGCCCCCUCCCCCGCUUCUACCCAUGCUCCCUCUGCCGGAGUGCGGCCACGCAAGUACGCACUCGUCCAACGCUUGCCUACCGGCGACUGGUGGACCUCUGCAAGCUCGGAUGCCCCGACCGCCGAUGGCGCCAGCAAAGACCUCAAGUCGCUCCACACCGCCAAAGCCGAGCUGGUCUCGAUAUUCCCGUCGACGUCCGGGACCCAGCUCGCUCACAAGGGCACGCUCGGCGACUACGUCGUCAAACGAGCCCCGGGGGUUCCUCCCCUCAAGCCGCCACAGGCGCGUCGAGUGAGCUGCGGCAAGUUCCUCGACUAUGGUCCGUACGCGAGCUUCGCGCCCAGCUUUGACCAGGAGGGUGUGGAAGUCGGGCGUGUGGCCAUGGGUGAGGUCAUAUUCUACCAGCAGAUGAAGGGGCGGUUGCGGUCGUUGGUGAAGGGCAAGCGGCGAGCUUUCCUCGGUCUGGGGGAGCCGAGGGCGGGUGAUGUCGUGGAGGACGGGUCCACCAGUAACAGUCCGCCCACUGCCGGACCGUCGACCAAGGACGAUGAUCUCCCCAAGGAUCUGGAAUCUCUCCUCUCGCCUGAGGAAGUUCGGAAUAUCAAGUCUGCUCUACGCUCGCUAGAAAUGGAACAGGCGGUCGACGAGCUGCUGCAGCGGAACGCGAAGGCGCUCGAAAGGCUGGAAGAGCUCCAGCUGGAGAGGCUACGCUCACAGGGUGACGGGUCAAGCGUCGUGGAGGUUGGGUCGGAAGAGUGGGAUAUCGCCCAAGGUAUCACGGAUUCCUUGGCUAUCCUGGCGUCUCUCAGACCACGGCCCUCCAACGGCGAUCCUGAACAUGCGCCACUCAUCCCUCCUGCAUCCGUUCUGCACAAACUGCAACGCACGCUACCCCUAGCGGCGACCGAAGGGUGGUACGGGACUCUCCCUGAGGGUCGUACUACUGCCUACCGCGAUGACACCACGGUGCACGUGCGUGCCAGCUCAGUCGCGCCCUCCAAGACCACCCCGGCCCCAGCCACACCCGCGCCCAAGGCAACGACCGCGGCGGCGCCCCCGUACACGCCCUACCCCUACACAGGAACGUACCAGUCGCAGUACCGGGGCUACGGGACGUACCCGCCCCCCACGCAGAGCAGCAGCUACUACCCGAGCCUCGCCUACAACGCGCUCGCGUCGCAGACCGCCGCAGGCACGCACUACCCGAACGCGCAGUACGCCGCGACCGCGCAGACGCAGUACUACGGCUCGUGGUACACCAGCUCGGGGCGCUCGACGCCCCAGCCCGCCCCGGCUGCGACGAGCUACGCGAGCUACUACGCCGGGGCGGCCGCCCAGCAGCCCCAGGCGCAGCGCGCGGUGGCGAACACCGUCGUGUCGUCUACGAAGCAGCCUGUCCCGGCGUACCAGCCUCCACCGUGGACUGGGGCGACGCCGGCGCCGGCGACAGGGUACGCUCCUCCGCUGCCGCCGCACAUGCGGGCGGCUGUUGGCGCGGCCUCCGCCCCGGGGACGCCGUCCCCGACGACGCCUACCGCUGCUCCUCAGUACGGCGCGUAUUAUGGAGGGUACGCUGCGCCGAGGUGAGGUGGUGUCGGGGCGUCCGAGAACGGUACAUUAUUAGUGUAAUAGUAGACGCUACGUACGGCUUUUAAUCCGCUGUUGAGUUCCUGUCGAAAUCCCCGUAUGCGUUUCUUUUGAUUCGUUCUUUCCCUCUCGCGUCAUUUACAUUUCGUAUAUGUUCGUCGGUAUAUCGCAUUGUAACAGUCGAGUUCUCGCGAUACGAUACAUCAAACUACAAC